AUGAAACGAUGUUCAUACAGCUGUGAGUUUAAAGCACGAGAAUACAUGGCUUUCGUGGUCGUUUCCACCACAAUCCACGAACCUCUCCCCCUUUUCCGACACCUCGGCACGACAAAACUCCGGCACCUGAGGCGGGACCCCACACCGGAUCAGGGCCCAGUUCAGCCCCUCAAAAAAAGGGUGCUUCUUAGUCUCAGCAGCCCCAGCCCCAGCCCCAGCCCCAGCCCCAGUUAUUGGGCUCCUUCACCAGAAGCCCGCGGAUCAAAUCUCGUGCCUAAAAGCUCACCAUGGGGCUUUCCAGGAACCUCAGGCUCUUCAAGACCACGUUUGCCAGAGUAUUCUCAUUGCACGACCCCUUGUACGGUGUCCUUCCGUACAGAAGCUCGUACAGGAGAACCCCAAACAAUUGAUCUAGAACUCGACACUAAACUCGGGCCGGUAAUGAACCAGCCGGAGCAUGAAACGAUAACAACUCGAAUUCCAAAUACUUGUUGUCACAGAACUCCGGCACCUGAGGCGGUGCCCCACACCGGAUCAAAGCCCAGUUCAGCCCCUCGAAAAACGGCAGCCCCAGUUUCAGUCCCCAGCCUGUUCUCGGGCUCCUUCACCAGAAGCCCGCGGAUCAGAUCCCGGGCCUGGAAGCUCACCAUCGGGCUUUCCGGGAACCUCAGGCCCUUCAACACCACAUUUGCCAGAGUCUCCUCAUUGCACGACCCCUUGAACGGCGUCCUUCCGUACAGAAGCUCGUACAGUAAAACCCCAAACGUCCACCAAUCGACCGAACUCCCGUGCCCCUCGCCCUUGAUGAUCUCGGGAGCCAAGUACUCGUGGGUCCCCACGAAUGAGUUGGACCGGGCCUUGGAACGGGCCCGUGCGUGGGCUUCAGCCUGCAGCUUACGGGCCCGGGCAGCGCCGGGUAGAAUUUUCGGGCCGAAGCAAGAGAGUUGGCACGAGGGCCCGGCGCAGAAGGGGUCGAUGCAGUUGGAGCCCGCGCACGGGCCCGAGAUGCGGGGUGGGUCGAGGGAUGGACCGGUUGACCUGACGAGGGGAGAGGUCGAAAUCCGUGAGCAUGAUGUGGCCGUCUUCACGGACGAGGAUGUUUUCGGGCUUGAGGUCUCGGUAGAUUAUGCCGAGCAUGUGAAGGUACUCGAGGGCGAGAAGGACCUCGGCUACAUAGAAUCUGCCAGAACAACAAAUUGUGAAACAAAUGAUUUAGAGAGAUUUGGAUGCUGCUUCUGCCUGAGGACAUGCAAAUCUCCACCCGGACAGAACUCCAUAACCAAGCACGAUAAAUUGUCUGAACGCAGGCAAAAAAGGGUGGUCGAGCAUUCUAAGAAUCUCCCUCUCUGUCUGAGCCCUCCCUUUUGUGCUAAUCAGCUCAGCCAAAUACACAGUACCUAUAUCCCCCGAGCCAAGCUUUCUGAGCAGGUUAAAAUGACUCAGCCCCAAGAAACCAUCUUGCUUUCUUAUUCG